AUGGCCGAAGAUGACCAUUCCGACGCUGAAGAUGAGAGACUAUUUGAGGAGCAACGCAGGGGCCGGCUUGUGCGCGCGCACGCGUUUCUAGACCUUCGGCACAAUGAGCUCCAAACAGCACAAUCAUGCGUGCUCCAGGCCGAACGGCACCUGAAGGGACAACCUGCAAACCCAGCUCGUAUUUCCAAGGCUCGCAAGAUGCCGGGCAUCAUUCGUUCGUCUCCCCGUCAUUCGCCAGGCUCCCGUGCCUACGAGGCUUAUCGCGACCGUCUUCGAUACGUGAAGGCGCACCGGAAUCUCGCCAACGUACAGAAAUCCUACCAACUCGCACUUAUCAAGUACAAGCAGGUCAUGGCUUACGUAGAGAGAUUAGAGGAGGUGGAUUAUCACGAGCACCAGUUGUAUCCUGCAGGGUCUUGGUGUGGCUCCGAAUGUGGGACAGAUUCUACCGGCGACACGGACUCAGUUGCAGAGGGUCGCGCUGAGCCUGGAUGUACGCUGCGCGAGUCCAUGCACCAAGAGCACACCGAGGAAGACGAGGAGAUGGAGGAGACAGAGAAGGACGACACGUAG